AUGAACUCCAACAAAUGUGGGAGGCCCCACCAUCUUCGCUCGAGCUGUGAUCUUUCUCCCCCUGCAACCGAAAGCUCAAGGAACUCGCCGCCCUCCGCUUGUCCUCGCCUCCGCCGGAAUUUUUUGCGCAUUCUACAAAUCUCUAAAACCGCUCUUCAUCUUCCAGCGUCGUACGUCUACAGGAAAACUCGUUCUCGAGGCGGAAAAUUUCAUUGGCUUUGUGCGGGGCGCCUAGUCCUCGAACUCCCAUCGCUUGUGGAUCUUGCACCGACGGCGGGCACAUCUCGCAGUGAUGAGACCUUGAAUUGA